CGUUCAAACGAUACACGGUGAAAAAUGAGUAUCUCUGAUCCCGUCGUGAGUCUAAACGUCGGCGGCCACAUCUACACAACCGCCCGAUCCACCCUGACCCGAUACCGAGACUCCAUGCUGGGCGCCAUGUUUGGUGGAGACUUUGACACCGCAGCGCGGGACGACCAGGGGAGAUACUUCAUAGAUCGGAACGGCAGGCUGUUCGAACAUGUGCUCAACUUCCUCCGUACAACCCAGCUGGUCCUUCCUGAAGACUUCAAGGAACUCCGUCUGCUCGAGAUGGAAGCUGACUUCUACCAGAUCCAGCCGCUCAUAGAAGCACUGAAAACCCACAAGGCUCGUUUAGAAACCGGCCCGUGUGAUGUUGUUGUUCUUUCUCACAGACACAAUCCAUAUCACCCAUUCUCUGUCGCCGCUAGUAGUAAGGAGGUUAAGGCUAUGGUAAUUGGUUUGUAUACAUGGCAGGUUGACUGUGAAAUGGAUGACAAUAUAGCAGCCUUGCUCGGGAAGCUCCGGGGUAUCGGUUUUAUUUUACAGAGUCACGUUAUUGUUAGAUACAGCGACAACAGUUUGAUGGAGAAAUGUAUCUUAGAACGGAAAGGGUUAGAAAGUCUUCAAGAUAUCAAAUAAGGUUCCGUAAUAGAUCGCAAGAUGUCUACGCCUAUAUGCUAUAGUGGAUGUUAAAAUUCAAUAUCGUCUGAAAAUAUGUUUUUGUUAUAUUCAAGGGAUAAUAUGUAAAUAAUUGAUCAAGUAAUCAUACCCUUACGUUGUCUAUAAUAUUUUGUUUCUAUUAUCUUCUUUGGUAAGUUUCCAAGGCUGACAAAAUAUUUAGUAGGUCGCAAGACUAGAAAAUUAAGUCGUUCAAAAUAUAAAGUCCUGUCAUAGCAAAGAAGCUUGUUAGAAACAAAAUUUCCAUGUACAUGUAAUUGGUCAAGAUGGUUGAACAAAUGACUACAAGCACAGAACAUUAAAUGUUCAAUGUGCAAGGAGUAAGUGUGCGACACAAUGAUUACGUUUAACAACAGGAAUAGCAUUUCGGUAUUUUGUUGUUAUUCACGGUAUUUAUCUUUGUAUAUCAUUUUCCUUGUACGAUUUACAGUAUGAAGACGAACAAAAAUUGAUAUGCGCUCGGAUGCCAUUCACACAAAC